CUUUCGCGCAGACACAAUGAAACGAGGGGCAAUGUAGGACACCACGUUGGGGCUCGGAGCACAAUAUAAGCCGGUGGUUUUGUUUAUUUUAUUUUUUACGUUUCAUUUGAGCUUUUGUAUGAUCCAUUUUGUGCACCGUGGUCGUGUUUAGCGCAUUUAUAGAGUUACCUAAGUGUAUUCGCGAAGGCUGAGGAGGAAGGAAACGAGGCUGAGGAUCAGUAUCGUGGGGAGACUGGUAGAACAGCGUGAUCUCGAUCCGCAAAACAGGUUCAGAACAAUAAAGUAAGUUACAAAAACACAAAAAAAAUGUCGAUGUUCGCGUACUCGGAUUAUCUCGCGGCUGAGUGCCUGGUGUCGAUAUCCAGCGGGCCGGUCCUCCACCGACCCAGGCCGGCGGCCACGCAGGCCCCUCCUCAGGGCCCUCCACCCGGGGAGCUGGACGGGUCGAGCGAGGACAGGGAGGUCCGCGAAACCCUCCGGCUGGAGGGAUCCAGCAUAGCCACGGUGGCCCAGGUGCUGACGGAUCUACACGGGAAACUGCGGCCCGUGUCCGCCUACUCGGAGAGCAGCAACUCGUCGUGCGGGGAGAGCGGCUACACCACGCUUUCCGACCCGGCCACCCCCACCGCGACCCCAACCAUGACCCCCUCGGCCACCCCGGUCCCCCAGCAGCAGCAGCAGCACAUGUGGGGUGGAGGAGGAGGAGGGGCGCCCCGGUCCCCCACCAAGCGUCACCCGUGUACCUUCGACGGCUGCGACAGGGUGUACGGCAAAUCCUCCCACCUGAAGGCGCACAUCAGGACCCACACAGGCGAGAGGCCAUUUCCCUGCACCUGGGUCGGCUGUGAGAAGAAAUUCGCCCGGUCCGACGAACUCGCCCGCCACCUGCGCACGCACACGGGCGAGAAGCGCUUCCAGUGCCCGUUGUGCGACAAGCGCUUCAUGCGCAGCGACCACCUGAUCAAGCACGCCCGCCGCCACCCCGACUUCCAGCCCUCCAUGAUCAGCCGUAAGGGCUCGGGGCAAGGGUCAGCCUAGGCCUGAGGGUCAUCGAUCGGCGUGGAGUCUCAGCGAGCCAGCGCUGUGGUCCAUUAUACAUCU